GUGUGUUCUGGAGUUUGGGAAUGUGUUCUGUGUUAUUUUUGUUUCAGUAGGUAUUUGUGAUAAUAGAUCUUGAGAAGAUCUUUCCGACGCAACGAGAAUCCCUUCAAUCGGAGCAAGAACGCGAAAGCUAUGAAGAUUCAAAGUUCAUAAGCUCGCGUUACAAUUGCGGCGGUUACUAAGUGAAGUUGUGGGGUGAAUUUAUAUGGAGUUGGGACCUUUGGGGUUGGGGAAACUUAUUCUUGAACUUUGAUUGAACUUUUGAGAUUGAGUUAAGUUCUCCUCCUACAGCUUACCCCCUAAUGCGUCGAAAGCCAUAGCGUCGCGAAUACUUCAUUAAUCAACGUGAUUCAAAUUGGGAACGGUAGCUGAGAUUAAGAGCUACAACAUAUCCGAGUUUUGCGACAUUCCAACGGCUAGGUUUUCGUCAACGUCGUUUCUUGUGAAGACGACUUUUCUGUCCAGAAUUUCGGAUUUAUAUUUUGAGUAAUUCUAGUUCCUAAGUUCACCUAGACUCCGUCCUUAAUCCUAACAAGUGGUAUCAGAGCAAUAUUAAGGACAUUGAGAGGAGUCUACAGAAGUGUGAAGACCCUUCUAGACCCACCAUGGCCUGUGGGUGUGCCUAAGUGGUGUUCUAAAGGUUGGAUGUGUCUUCCGCUAAGGGGAAACUCUGCCGAAAUUUCGUGGACGCCGACACUUGUGAAAAUAUCGAGGGAGCUGAGUGUGGACAGCAAAGGGGAGCUGAAACUCGUCAUUUCUCAAGGAGAAGAUGAAUGAGAGAGGAGGAGAUGCUAAUGGAAGAGGAGCUGUAGCUGAGAAGACAAGUGAGCCGCCGCCAUCAAAAGUUGAAGCUUUGGAUGGCUCCAACUAUGAGGAAUGGAGCGGACGGAUGAGGAGUGCCUUCAAACGCUACAAGCUACUGAAGAUUGCUGUUGGGGAAGAGAAGAUGCCGGAAGAAGGCGAAGCACGUGAACGGUGGAUUGAGAAAAGCGCGGUGCUUUUCGACCUCAUCCUUCAAUCGCUGAAGUAGAGCAGCAGCAGCAGCAAGCAUGAGUCUCCACCUCGAGUUCCACACCCGCCUGAGCGACCUAGGAGGGAUGUGCGCCCUCCAGUGAGGCUGACCUAUGGGGGAAGAGGCAAGCCGAAUGUGGUGCAGGCUGGGAGUGUGGUUGAGCAGAUUGAGGAAGAUGAGAUCGCUCACUGCUACUGGGCACCAAUCCCUGAG